CGAUCCAUGGAUAAUUUUUUGCAUCUAGCUACGGAGAGAGCUGGAGCUUAUCUGCAUUACCUUGAUCUAAAGAGCAUGUAUAGUGAGCUACUUAACGAUGUAUAUUCACCAAGUCGAAAUUAUCAUCUUUCGCAACUAGAGUCUCAAAUCUCCUUCACCAAGCUUCGAUGGGAAUCAAUUCACAUACCACCAUCAGUGAUGACGCAGUUAGCGUCAAUCCAAGGGGUUAAAGAACCUCAACAGAAUCAAGCAGAACUUCACUCUGAAGAACCAACAGAGGAGGAAGCUAUGGUUCCAGAAGCAACAAAAAUUGACGAGUUGUUUGUGGAUGACGCAUCGAUUGUUGAUUCUUUCGAUUCCCUUGAUGAAUUAAUUCCUCAAUUUUUCUUUGUUGAAGAAGAAGAUGAUAAUUCCCUCAAUUUCGAAUUGCUCAUUCCUUCGUUUUUGUUCGAUGAAGAGGAACAUUCGUUUGACAAGGUGAGAUUUCAAUCUAAAGGACUUAUCAGUUCUGUGAUUAAUUCUGAGCCACUUGAAUGCUCGCAGGAAUUGGUCUUUCGUCACAAUAACCUAUAUGGUAAGAGUCGUUUUUCUCUUCUCUUUGAUGCUUCUCGCGGCAUAUUUGAUCGAGGUAAACGUAUCCCUGAUUCUUUCAAUUCAAAUGAGAAAUUGAUUGUUCCACGGAUUUCAAGUUUGGGGUACCAAUUAGAUUUCUCGGAUAUCCUUUUGAUUGUGCGUUUGUGUAUUACUGAUGCUACAUUUCAAGUUGAGAGCAAACUGUUUGAUAAAAUGUCCGAGUUUGUGCAUUUGAAUGAUGUUAGUGUAGAAUUUUUCUGGCAGCUCAAAAUGGAUGAAGUAUUUGAUCGUGGAAAAGAAUAUCAUCUUAUUCCAGGGUUAUCAUCUUUUAUUAAUUCUUCAAGGGACAAUUUUGAUACAAAUACUUCUUGUGUGAUUGUUGGUACUGGGUUCACAUUCAUGGCUGCUUAUUAUGACAACUUCAAUUCUAAGUUAAUGGCGGAGCUUGGGUACUAUUUCAUUCUGCUAUAUGAGUGUUCAAAUGUGUCUUUGUUUGUUAAAGAGGGGGAUAGUCAUGAUAUUAACCAGCUGUUUGAACAACGGCCUCAACAACGCCAUACUCCCUGGAUAUUUGUGCUUCUUCAGAUGCCAAGACAACGUGAAUCAGGUACAUAUUCUUUUGUGCUUCAGUUAUAUUGGUAUGGGUUCCAACUGGUGAUUAUAGUGUUACUAGUAGGCCAGUUACCAACUUGUCAUCGCGAAAUACAUGGUUUGCUCAUGUGCUCGGUAGGAAGGGGGAAGAAAUUUUUUUCUUACAGCUGCCAUGUGACUUACUCGAGAUGCUUGCAGUUGAUCUUCUGUGCUCCAUGUGUGUUAUCAAGUGUGAGGGAACUCGCUUACCAGUCUUGCAUUCAACUAGUGCUUGUCCAUGGUCUGUUCAAGUACUUGACAUUAAAGGAGGAGCAAAAAUUUUCUUACAGUUCAAGUGUGAGUUUCUUGAGAUACUCAUCAAGGCUGCUAUGUGCGAUAUCAACUACAAUUCUGUUCGUGCAAGGGGCUGAGACUGGUAUUGUUUGCAAGUUACGGAAAACAAGGUUGCAACUUGGUACAGUUCUGUUGUCCAGGUUGAUACUUCAAGUGACAGGUACCAAUGCAGCUGGUACUAUGAUGGAGUUAUUUGAUCAACUACAUCACAGUCGAUGGAGUUUCUGUAAUCUUCUAAUCUUAUAGCUUGGAAAUGGUUCACGAAAUUCACUAAACUUCUGUGUGGUGGCAAGCCAAUAUGCUGGUGAGUCACAGAUUCUCUCAAAGAGGCUUCACUAUAAGCUUGUGUUUCUUUCUCUUCGUGCUAGCCAGAUGUGUGAUGUGCCCCAGAUUCUUUUGCAAGAGCUUCUAAAUUUUUCAUUGCUCCUAUUUUUAGUUCACACAGUUGUUAGAACUCGCUUAUCUCUUUCACAAAUUGAUCCUUUUCAGCACUCCAAAUUACUUCUGAAGUAUUUUAGUGGUUUAUAAUCCAAGAGAGAGUUAUACUGAAAACAACACACUUCAAUUGGAAUUCUCUGCACAAUGAGCUCAGCAUUUUGGGAAGAGGGUUAUCUAUACAUUAUCGAUUACCUUCACCUAAUGUCUAUAGUGGGUGUCUGCUUUCAGUGGGUAUGUUAAUAGAAACUCAGAUCUUAGUGGUAAUAUUUCAAUUUCUUAAAAUGUUGGUAUGGGUAGGAUACUUGAGGUGGAAGUUCAGAAUGUAUCCACCUGUGUUAUGUGGUGUGCGAAAUGUUAGAUCGAUUGCUAAUAAUUUUAUAGCAGUGGAGUUCCUUGACAUAAACUGGAAUUAUCAAGGCCAUUGGUUCUGCGAGGCUGAGGUCAUUCAUCACAUUGAAACACCUCUUCGGAGAAGUACUCUGUUUCUGACAAGUUUAUGGAGUACGAGGACUACUAGUGGUACUAUAUGGCCUUUCAUUGACUUAUUUGUACCAUCUGUCUCCUUUGGUUAAGGGCGUUUACUAUUUGAUAGAGGUAAACUGAUUGACAGGGGGAUGACGAAACUUGCAAGGGUAGAAUUUUACAUGGGUUUAUGCCAAGGAAAUUUUUCACUCGUGUUUAUGCUGUUACUUUUGUCAUCCUGUUCAUACAUGAGGUGCAAACCCCAACUGCAGUUCGUGACCAGCUAUGGGAGGAUACAAAUAUUACAACUUGUACUCAACACAUGUGAUAUUGCGGUGCAUUUUUCUGAAGGCGUUGAAGUAAAAAAUACACUAUCACAUGCUUAUGCAGUUACUUGUAACGACGACGAUAGACAAAUAGACAAAGAUGCUGCAGUUCCAUAUUCCACCUGGUGUACCGUUUCAGAUCUGCAAUCAAGGAAUACCAGCAGACAUCAUGGCCUCAUGUCCAAAUCAUUGUUGUGCAGCAAUUAUUGUUAUUUGUCUGGCAGCUCAUUUCUACCUUGGAGAGAGUCGACCACAGAAAACGACAAGGUUCCUGGUACUACAAUCAACAAGAUGUAUUAGUGCUUAAAGUCUUGCCAGGAGAUUUACUUACAGCGGGCUUAUGUCAUGUACCCAGCAUUGUAAGGGAGUGCUUCUCAUUAUAAUGCUCAUGCAAUCCUUCAUCCUUGAGGACAAGGAUACUUUCAAGGGGAGUGGAAUGUCAUGUACCCAGCAUGGUAAGGGAGUGCCCAAAUCCUAUAUGUGUAUGUCUUUAGUAAUAAUAGUGUGAUUUAGUAUAGUUAGGAGUGGUAAUUAGUAGUGAGUUGUUUUGGUCGGUUGAGAUGUAACCACCUGGUGAGUUAGUAGUCAUUGGAUGAUGAGGGAAGAAAUGCUUAUAUCUUUAUAAGGCAGAGUCUGUAAUGAAAACAUCAGUCAAGUUUAAU